AUGCGCUACUCCCUUCUCACCGUAGCCACUGUGCUAGCCCAAACCCAAGCCCAAGCCAUCCCGAUGCCCUAUGGACUGGGCUCCGUCCCGAUCCCAGUGGGCCAACAAAAUGGCAACAUCGGCGGCGUUAACGGGCAACAGGGAUACACACCCUCAAUGGCGGCUCAGCAGUCCGUGGCAAAGCCCUCAUCCUCAAUGAUGCCCCAGCGUCCGGCAUACAGCCACGGUGUCAACCACCACUACUACAUGACUCCCAUGGCAUCUUCCUCUGCAAGCCACUACAUCAACAUGCACAUGUCGAUGCACGCCUCUUACUCUGCCUCUGCUUCAAUCCCCUACUCUGUAUCGGCAACCCCCUCCGCCCGUGCUGCUCACGGCGUAAACCAUGGCCUCCACGCACCCCACCCGCACGAGGGCUUCGCCGCUCCAGCAGGUAUCCCCAAAGCCGGCGACUCCGUCAGCUACAACGGGGCCUCAACCAAGAAGGGUGGAUAUCAUGGCGGAAACGGUAACGGUUUCACCCAGACACACGGCGAGGACUCGAGCAGCGAUGGAUCCCCACCUUUGAUGAUGAGUCCCCAGCGUGGAACCGGGAGUGCCAAUUCAGCUACUCCCACUACACCUGAGUACGAGCAUGCACCGGACAACGUCGACGGAAACGUCGCUCCUAUCCCUGAUGCUGCGCCUGGUGGCAAGAGUAUCGCUCCUAUUGGGAACCCUAUGGCACCUGGUUCCAAUGUCGCGCCCGCUCUGCCUCAGAAGUCGCAUGGUGUUGAUGAGGGCAAUGGGUUCUGUCUGGGACAGUGCUAUGAGAGUCCUGAGAAGGCUAACUGUGCCAAGCCAUAUGUGAGUUUAUGA